UCUUUGCAUGCGGCGGCGGCCGGCCGCUGUCACGAGGACACAGGGGCUCCUCCUUACUUUACGAGCUGGCUGAUAAGCCACGCCGACAUGUCUCCUACCGAGUACAGCCUCGCGCCAGGCUACAGCCCAGAGUACCAUGGCAACAGCGGUGGCGGCUCUACCGGCGGCCUAGACCACCAUCAUCACCAUCACCAUCAACACGGACCCCGCGGGGUUUUCCGGGGCUCGGUGAACGGAGCUACGGUCAGUAUGCACCACCACCACCAUACACAUCCAAGGACCGUGAAGCGGAGACCCACGGCAAACCGCAAGGAGAGGCGGCGGACCCAGAGCAUCAACUCGGCUUUUGCGGAGCUGAGGGAGUGUAUCCCUAACGUCCCUGCUGAUACUAAGCUGUCUAAGAUCAAGACGUUGCGGCUGGCCACCAGUUACAUCUCCUACCUGAUGGACAUCCUGGACAAGGACGGACAGCACGGAGACACGCAGGCGUUCAAGGCCGAGCUGAAAAAGACGGAGGCUCGGGAGGAGAGGAGGAAGAGAGAGGCGGUGGAAAUUCCUAAGACAAAUUCAUCAUCAUCAUCCUCGUCAUCCUCUUCAUCAGCAGGCGAUAAGAAGAGUAAAGGACGGACAGGGUGGCCUCAACAUGUCUGGGCUCUGGAACUCAAACAGUAGCGCCUCCCUCUCGUGCAGGUCACGGCGCUCUUUACCUCCUGCAGCUCUGCCCUCCAGGGGAGGUAU